AUGGCAUCGAGCACAAGCCACACUCUCAUUCGGCGUCUCGCGCUUCUCACUUCCGGAUUCGAUGCAGCAGCUCAGGCCUACGUGAUACGCCAGGACGCCUUCGAGAACCCUCCGCAGCUCAACUAUGCGCCCCACCCAUACUCCGUCUGUGUAGCCUUCGUCGCCCAUGUUGCCCUGCAAAUAUGUUGGCUCCAGAAACUCUAUCAUCCAUGGAAUUCUCCCGAAGACAGCGAGGAGGGGACCUUCGUAAAUGAGGACAAACUCCCCAUCUCCCAAGGUCUACAUGGGGACGUGCAACCACCUUGGCUUUACCCGCCAAUCCAACAAAACCCCGAACCGGCGAGAUGGGAAUUUGCGCCAUUGUUCAUCCUAGGAAAUCUUUGUCAAUCUGGAUGGGCACUUGCUUGGAUCCACGAGAAUUACUUGCUCUGUCGCCUCUUCCUCACCAUAAGCGCCGUAACUCAGCUCUACGCCAUCUUUUCCGUUCUACAUGGGUGCAAGAACCGCGGCUUCCCUCAACGCAAUAUCCUCUCCCACCUCGUUGCAAAGUUUCGGGCAGGACUCGCCAUGCUCCUCCUUUGGAAAACCUGGGGAAUCAUUGAUAUGACACCAGCGCCCAGCCUGACCCAACAGCUCAACAAUCUAUCAUUCUUUCUUAUCUAUGCUAUGGCAUCUGGGCCUGAUCCUACAAUGGGCCUCUUCCUCGUGGCCGUUCUCUUCAGCUUGGCUUUGGGACCACACCAAGAUAACGGGUGGAGGCAAACGUUCUCGUGGACUGGUUGCAUCGUCUUGCUUGUCGUCUUGGUAGAUUGGGCCGUGGCGUCCCGUUCCACACGCUCCGCUACCACGCCGGUCGAGGACGAAGAUCGCAGCCAGCAUGACUACGAGAAGGACAUAGAUUAG